AGUCGCAUUGUCUGCCGGGACGGUGGCGGAGUGCGAAUUUCUCUCAGAGACGCUCGGUGAUCUCGAGGUGCUGAGCGCUGCAGUUAUUUUCAGCUCGUGUCGGUUAAUGUGUCGGGGAAGAACACUGCACGUCAAGAGUCAGGCGUAACCUUUGGGUCGACAGCUUUUCUGUUUUUCUGGUUUUAGCGAGUCUUAGCUAAUAAACAGACUCAAAACUAGUCACAGCAAGUGCUUGUUGCAUUCGGCCGGCGGGCGGAGGGAGGGAGAGAGGGAGGUGCGGGAGAGGGAGACCGGACUGGACCGGCCGGAACAGCGGCGGCUGAUGACUUCAGAGUACAGGGGUUUAUUACAGAAGCCGGAGGAGGUCGAGCCAGCAUCGUUCAUUUCAGACAACAGCAGACCAACAGCCGGAGCCGGGAAGGAGCAGGGCAGCAUGGUGACCACAAAGGGGGCCGGUCUGAAUCCCAAUGCCAAAGUGUGGCAGGAAGUCUCUGCUCCUCCCACCCACAACCCAGAGGAGGGCAUGGAGAGCCCUGAUUGGCCACAGGCAGACCACACCCCCACAGAUCAGCCAGAAGGCUGCAAAGGGUACAAUAUUGGCUUUGUCGACUCUGAAUCAGGUCCUCCUGUAGAUGGUGGUCUGCUCAAUGGCAUAGACUCAGACAUAUCCUACCCAGUGUAUGAACCAGUGGAAGGAGAGGUGGUGGAGGAGAUGCAGCCCUUGUCUGAGGAGACUCUGAGGGAGUCACUGAAGAAACAGCUCGAGUUCUGCUUCUCCAGGGAGAACCUCUCCAAAGACCUAUAUCUCAUGUCUCAGAUGGAUAGUGAUCAAUUUGUUCCCAUCUGGACGAUCGCCAGCAUGGAGGGCAUUAAACUACUCACCACUGAUAUGGACCUAAUACUGGAGGUGCUGCGAGCAUCACCAAUGGUGCAAGUAGACGAGAAGGGUGAGAAAGUUCGGCCCAAUCAUAAACGCUGCAUCAUUAUUCUUCGUGAAGUACCUGAGACGACACCUGUAGAGGAGGUGGAGUCACUGUUUAAAAAUGAGAAAUGUCCACAAGCCAUCAGCGUUGAAUUUGCUCACAAUAACAACUGGUACAUCACGUUCCAGUCAGAUACUGACGCCCAGCAGGCCUACAAGUACUUGCGUGAAGAAGUGAAAACUUUUCAGGGAAAGCCAAUCAUGGCUCGCAUCAAGGCCAUAAACACCUUCUUUGCUAAGAAUGGCUACGGUGCUGUAGACUCUGCUGUAUACACCAGCAGCCCUCAGUCUCAGUACUCUUCUCCAGUCUACGUGCAGCAGAUGUACCAACAACCUCCUCAGCAGUACCCGCUCUACAGCCUGCUUCCUCAGGCGUGGACCCCUUCGCCCACACCUUAUUUCGAAACACCACUGGCUCCAUUUCCCAACAGUACGUUCGUUAAUGGCUUCAGCGCAGCAGGAAGCUACAAGAAUGGCUCAUCUCCCCUCAGCCUCACGCGCCACUUCCCUCGUAACCGACUUCCACUUUAUUCAAGAAAGAAUGUUAUCAAUACCUUCAGGAAUCACGUUAAGCCGCAGCCCCGUACAGAUGGAACUCCUCAGUCUGAGGCUCUUUUAGGGACAGGCACUCCCCAGACACCACGGACCCCCACCACCGUGGCAAGCUCAGAUGCCUCCACACUCAGCCUUUGUGAUACUCCACCCUCUCCCAUUGAAAACACUCACACUGACCUGGGCAGCAGCCGAGCAAGGAGAGGAAGCUAUCGUGGCAUGAGGCGCAGGAGGGAAGAUGAGCGAACGAGGCUCCUUCCGUUAACAGAGGUCAAAAACCCACCUCCCAAAUUUGACCUGGCAGCCACUAACUUUCCCCCACUGCCUGGGGGAGUGGCAGGCCGGUUGCCUGGAGGAAUGAUCCCACCCACUGAAUCUGGUCUGGAGAAUCGUAUGGCAGAUGUAGUGAAGGGCAUUAACAGGGACAAGUCGGAUGCCACAAAACAAGACGUUCAUAAGGAGUCACAGCCUUCUCAGAGUGAUGGGCCUGCUCCUCUUACUACCACAUCAGCGCCAAAACCUGACACACCGGGCUCCAGCAUUGCGCAUCAAGUGAAGAGACCAGACAGCGAUUCUCAUGUCUCGACUGCUCACAGUCCUGCUCCAGUCACCACUACUCCUGUUCCCGAACCUGCUCCUGUUCCCGUUCCUGCUCCUGUUCAGCCUGCUCUCGUCCCUAAACCUGCUCCAUCCAGUCCAUCUCCCCCCUCCAGCACACCAGUACCGGAGCCUCGGAAACUCAGCUACGCAGAAGUGUGUCAGAAGCCACCUAAAGACCCACCCCCUGCACCUGUGCCAUCUCCUAGCCCCACACCUUCACCUACCGCCAGCCAACCACUUCGUGAGCUUCGUGUAAACAAGGCAGAGGCCCCUGUCCCUACUGAGAGCAGUUCAAGUGAAAGGGUAGAGAAAGGAGUUGAGAGCAGAGCCCCUCGGGAGCAGAACAGCUAUCAUCGUGGUGGUGGAUACAGAGGUGCAGGAUUCAAACUAAGAGAGCAGCAGAGACGACCCCCUCAGGGCAGACGUCCCUCCCCCCAAGUGGGCUACAACAGACGCAGUGGAAAAGAGCAGAACAUCCCUCCGAGAUCGCCAAAGUAGUAACAUCAUAUAGGAGGCCUCAUACACACUUACAGAUUUACACAUCUUAAUAUAUUAUAUUAUAUGUAAAGAGAGUAUAUAAAUCUAUAUAUAAAUCUACAUAUUAACUGCACGAACAGUUGCACUACGUUGAUGAUUGACGGACAGCUCUGAUCACGAAAUGCAUGAGCUGCUGCGUCUUUGAAGAAACAAAAAGAAACAUGAUGGGCAGGGACCCUCAGGACUUGUAACAAUGAAUUUGCCUCCAUGGCACAUGGUUGCUUGUGUGUGUGACUGCAGAAGUGGACUGACUGUACGAGUGUGAAUGAGCUCACUUGUUGCUGGGUGUUUACAGUCCUGGACACCAGUGUACAAUGCUGUGUGGUUCUUAUCCAUACCUGUUAGAGUACUUUAUGAAGCAUCACUGACAUGCCAGCACAGCUUCUCCAUAUGCAACCAGAAGAGGCCAGAUGGUCCGACACUGCUGCUUCCCCCUUCUAGUCCAAAUGUGCGUGUGUUGUGUCAAAAACUGGAAAGCAAAAAACUGUACAGGUUAUAUUCUUUGAGAGAAAAGCAACAAAUGAUCAGAAAUAAAGACUGAUCACUCAGGGCAGGCUGAACUUGGACGACUGUUGAACCACCUGGAAAGAGGAUGAUGAGUUCUUGUGAAGUGGCUGAAGUUGUUGUGUUGUACUUUUCUGGUGUCUGCUUCGUCGUGUGCUGUCAAGUGUUUUCAGAGACUGAAUUGUGGGAAAAAGUAGAUUUCACAGUAAAACAGCGAUGGAAUGUCCUCCCUGCUCUUGUGCUGUGAGCUGUGGUGUAAGUCUCUGUUUUAUGAAACCAGGUGUUUGCUGUGUUGAUUGUGGGCUGUGACUAUAUAUGUAUACAGAUCAGUCAUAACAUUUAAUACCACCUCAUUGUCCAUUUAUCAACUUUUUUUUCUCUAAUUACUAAUAAUUGCUUCCUUUCAAUCUAUUCUUUAACGAUCAGGACCACAACAGAGCAGGUAUUGUUUGGGUGGUGGGUCUUUUACUAAUGCUCAGCACUGCAGUGAUACUGAUGUGGUCAUGGUGUAUUGGUGUGUGUUUACUGUUGCUUGUGGGUCAGACAGUUUUUAAACACCUUUACUGCCACUGCUGGACUGAAUAGUCCCCACCAGUCUGAAAUAUCCAGUCAAAUGUGGGCAGUGUUCUGUGACUGACUGCUGAUGAAGAGUUAGAAGAUGACUAGCAUAGAGUGGAUGGACAGUGUUUAAAAACUCUGCACAACGCGCACCACUUUGUCAGUGUCGCUGUAGUGCUAAGAAUGACCCACUAACCUAAUAAUGUCUGCUGGCUAUUGAAGAUCAGGGUGAAAAGAGGAGUAUAAAGUAUGUAAAGAAAGACUAUUAAAGACUACAGUCUGUAAUUAUAGAAUUACAAAGAGCUACUAUAUGUUCAGUGGAGCUAAUCAAAUGAACAAUGUGUUAAGUAAUAAAUAAAUAAAGCAAGGGUGUGGUAUUAAAGUUCUGGUGGAUCAGUGUGUGCGUAUAACAUGCUAAUACGUCCUCUGCUGUAAAAAAAAAUGAGAAUGCAGAUGAGUAGUAAAUUUAAAGCCUGCUUUUAUGUCAUUGAAUAUGUGCCCAGUAUGCCAGUCUGUGGUGUUUUUGUUUUGGUUUUCCAUUAUUAUAAAAUGUAUAAAAUACAGUAUGUGAGUACAUUUCAGGUAAAUAAUUACCUGUGUGUGUAACAGUGUAGCACACUUAUGCGAUGUAUCCGUUUAUCGGCCAGUCUCAUUUCGUAGAUGAUUGAUUAGGAAGGGGCUCAGGACUCGAAGAGGAAAUCAUUAGUGUUUGAUACACGAGUACGAAUGCAUGUCCUAAUAAUCAUUUUGUGACCUCCUGAGUGUAAAACCGUUUUUAUCAUAGUCUUCAUCAAAAGUUUAAGUUACUAAAAUGUAUUUGAAUGUUCAAAUGUUUCAACAGUAUCAAGUGUUGCUCUUCUUCCCUGCCUUUGAAACAGAUGUACUUUUUAUUUUCUUUCAUUUCUUUCUAUUUUUCAUUGUUCUCAAAUGUAUAAAUGGUUUGUGCACAAAUCCAGACCAAAGUUGAUUCAACAGAAAGACAAUCUCAGGAAGUGCUGUUGUACUGCAGUAACUCCUCCCAUGCUCCGACCCUCAGCCCCCGGGUUAGAGCUACUUGUUCAAGUGGAUGAUGCUACUCACAUGCGUUUUGAUAGAUUAAUGAGUAGGCGGAAUCAUGAAGUAUGUAGUUGUGUUUUUUUUUUUUUGUGUGUGUGUGAAUGUUACUAAAGACUUUUGAGAUGUAAACCUUCUGAAGGUCGUUAAAUUAAAUGUGUCCUAACAGUUGUAUUUUUUGCCACUCAUUUAUAAGACUUAAGCAAUUGAGGGGAAAAGCUCUGCAGUUUUAGUUUUUUUUUUUGUAUUUAUUUUUGUUUCAUUACUUAUGUCCAUUUUUGUUUCGCUUAAAUGCUGGCAUUAGAUGUGUGGGUGGGUGAGACUAUUUGGUGUGGAUGUUAUUUUUUUAUUUUUUUCUUGUAGGAUGAGAUUUUUGGUCACAGACUAUAUAGAGUAUGUGCCACUCAUUCGAAAUAAUCAAUGAGCCUCAUUAUCCUUAAUUUCAUUUUUGAUUUACAAGCAGCUUGUGAUAUUGUAAAAUUAAAUGCACUAAUUUUGUUUCUACUCUGUCUUGUAUGCUGUGAGCUUUUUAGAAAGUAACCUGAGGAUAUUUCAAGUUGCUAGAAUUUAGAUUUUUUCCCCCUCUUCAAUUCAUAGCUUUUCGUAUUUCUGUUUUGGGGUUUCUUUUCCCACAAGGCUUUUUUUGUCAGGGAGAGGUGAAAUAGUACAUGGUCGUAAAAUGUUUUGGACACAGAGUUGUAGAUGUCUAAUGAGAACUGUAUAACUGUUUAAGGAAAAUGGAGAAAAAAAGAGAAUAAAUGAUGAUAAAAUGA